AUGGAAACAGUGAUUGGGAUUGAGGAUUAUGAUGAUGGGAAGCUUGAAGACAGUGGAGUUGAUAGGAGCAGUUCUGCUUUGUCUUCGCCUAAACAGAUUUCUAACCCGGUUGUGUACAAACUUGUUCGGGUUGAAGGGGAUGGGAGGUUAGUGCCCGCAACAGAUGAUGAAGUAAUGGAGGUGGAGGAUUUUCUUGAAUAUGAAAACAGUGAAAUGCGUGUUGUUGCUGAUACUGGACAGAGUUUGGAAUGCAUAUCAAUCGAAAGAUCAUCUUCAGGGAAGCUUCGAUUGGAGUGCUCGGAAGGCGUUUCACAAUUAGGCACUGCAGAGGCAGAUUUGGGGAAGCUAAAUGCAAAGUUUCAGUAUAUUGAACAGAUUCUGCAAAAAGUUAAACAGGAAGAGAAACUUCGCUUGUCGUCUCGAUCACCCAUUCGUUCUCAUGUACAAAUAGAUAGACAGUGUUCUGCUGAUAAAUUUCCUGUCAUAAAUGAGAAGGACCAAGAAGCACCUUCUAUAGCAUCAAGUUUAAAUUAUUGUCAUAGUAACCAAUCUGGGAGUAUUGAUCAGUGUUCGAGACCUUCAGAAGGAGUGAUAGAAAGUGGAUCAUCUGCUUCUGCUGUCUAUUCCCCUUUGAAGCCUGAUUUUUCCAUGACAGACGGAGAAAUAUGUUUAGACAAGCUGUCGAUAAAAGAACUUCAUGAACUGUUUAAAGUCACUUUUGGUCGGGAAACUACUGUGAAAGACAAACAGUGGUUGAAGAGAAGGAUUGCUAUGAGUUUAACUAACUCUUGUGAUGUAUCAGCAACAACAUUCACUAUUAAAGAUAACAAAAUAAGUAGAAAACGGGAAGAAAAAUGUUCUGCAAAUGUGAAUGCCGCAGCUGUAAUCUCUGCGGAAAAUAUGGCUGGAGAAGGAGAUGUCAAGUAUGCGGAUUCAUAUGCAGUGGAGGGUUACGCAGUUGAUGAUAUCCAAGUUGCUUCUGAAACAAGACUGGACAAUCUUCAUACGGAACAUGAUUUAGGGGAUGCGGAUCAGCAGAGAGAACAAAGAGCUGCAAAAAGAAUGCGUAAGCCCACUAAGCGAUAUAUUGAAGAGCUCUCUGAAAACGAAUCUAGAGAGUACAAUCCUAGGUCGUCAAGUUCUAAUAAAAAUACAGGACACAGACAUGUUUCUCCAACUUCUUACAUCAGGCCUGCUAGGAAUGCUUUUCCGGAGGUAAGAACAUUUGUCACCAGGUUAGAUUCUCUUGGAGGUUCUGGUGUCCAAAUUCCAUGUGUUUCUCGGGUCCGAAGAAGCCGUCCAAGGAAAAAUAUCACGUCUCUUAUGAAAUUCCAUCCAACUGGCAUGGUUGAAGCUGCAAAAUUAAGCAAUAAUGCAGUUAGCGAUCAUGGUUCUGACACUGAUAGUGAGAUUCAGGAGAAAGUCUCAAAGCCAAGUUCCAUGCCUGUGAAGAUUCAUCAGCCGUCUACUUCUGAAUCUGGAAAAGAGAAGCAGUCUCCGAUAUUUGGCACAACUGAACCAAGGCAGGAAUUGAGACCAAAAAAGAUUGAUCCACCUAGUCAUACUGCAGAGAGCAACACGGUAACUGUUCCCACUGCUAAAGGUGGAAUGAGGAGGAAACAUCAUCGAGCAUGGACCCUUGCCGAGGUAACAAAAUUGAUUGAAGGUGUGUCGCGUUGUGGACCAGGGAGGUGGUCUGAGAUCAAACGGCAAUCCUUUUCCUCAUACUCACAUCGAACCUCUGUUGAUCUCAAGGACAAGUGGAGGAAUUUGCUCAAAGCUAGCUUCGCUCAUACACCUGCAGAUGAGGGGAUGAAUUCACGAAAACAUGGUACGGCUCCGAUUCCUGAGCAUAUUUUAGUUCGUGUAAGAGAUCUUGCAGCGAUGAAUUCUCAGGUUCCUCCACAUUUCAGCUCAAGCAAGUUAACAACUGGUGCAGCUAGUGUGCAUGGAGAUAGAUUGGGGUACUUGUAG